AUGGCUAGUCUCGAUGACGAACUGCUCGCUCUGGCUGGCGACUCUUCUGAUGAAGAGAACGCCUCCCCGCCAGCCAAACCCGAUGCGACUUCUCCUCAAUCUCCCCUCGCUGAUAGAGAGGUGGACGAGGAAGAUGACGACGGCGACGAAGAAAAGGGCGAAUACAAAGAAUCGCCACCCAAAAAAUCAAAGGAGAUGGCACGCAAGGGUGUUGCUAAGUCUGUGAAAGCCUCGAAACCUGCGAGACGGCCGAGGAAACAGAAGCGAGAUGAAUCUGGCGAGGAAGGUGAACUAUCUGCGGUUGAGUCGCUGGCAUCAGAGCGCUCUGCCAGCAUGUCGGAGUCCGAACCUGAUGAAGCAAAUUUGAAAAUCGACGGCGAUGGACCUAUUUUCCCAUAUGAGAAGUUGUACUACUCGGCCAACGACAAGAAGGAGAUUAUGGCUCUUCCCGAAAUUGAACGAGAACAGAUAUUGUCAGAGCGUUCCCAGCAAGUUGAUCGCCACAACCAAGAUUUAGUCCUACGUCGUCUUCUUGCGUCCCGCGAGCGCGAACAAGCACGCUCCGAAUCGAGAUCGAAACGCAAAGCUAGCACUACUGAUAUAGAAGAAGGCCAACGCAAGAGUUCCCGUCAAAAGACUACAUUAGGCGGACGCCGAGUUGGAGAAACUUCUGACGCAAUCGAGGCAUAUAAGCGACAGAGAGAACAGAAGGGCAAGCGUGAUGAGCAACGUCGUCGGGAUGCAGAUGCGCGACAGGCCCGCGGCCGCAGCUCGUCUCACGAAGAGGGAGCAUACUCAGACGUUGACGCUGAAGGUGAGAGCGAGGCAGAGUACGAGGAUAAAGCACGCCGCACUCCACCUAAGCAACCCGACAUUCCCAAGGAUGACCCACCUGCCACUCUCAAGGACAUCCAGCGAGUGCGCGUGGGCCGAAGUAACUUUGCCAGCGUCUGUUUCCAUCCUACGUUUUCGACGUCUCUCACAAAUUGCUUCACCCGAGUCAACAUUGGACCGAAUCGAGAUACGGGGCUGAAUGAGUAUCGUAUCUGUAUUAUCAAGAACUUCACCAAAGGGCGACCCUAUGCGAUCGAAGGAGCGAAUGGUCGGACCUACGUGACAGACCAAUAUGCUGUUCUUGCACAUGGCAAAGCUGAGCGCGAGUUUCCAUUCAUCCAAUGCUCAGACUCUCCUUUCACAGAGACUGAGUUCAACCGCUGGCGCCAGACCAUGGUCGUCGAGGACUGCAAGGUACCCACCAAGUCCAUGCUUGCUGCUAAAGUCGUCGACAUCAACAACCUUAUCAACUAUAAAUUCACACCAGAAGAGCUAGAAGAGAAAUUACGGAAACAAGGAGCUGAUAACGCGAACGAGAAACUUCUUAAACGUUUUGAGUUGGAAAGAAAGCUGAACGAAGCCAUCGCGCAGGGAAAUGAUGAUGAAGUGGCGAAUCUUCAGGCUCAGCUCGCCAAAGAAACCACUUCCAAACUUGCUUUCAACGGAUCCCUCCACAAACCACGUCCUGAGAAGCAGCAGACCCCAGAGCAGCGGCUGGCCGAGCUCAACCGCCGAAACCAGAAACUCAACAGCGAGAAUGUCCGUCGUGCACAGCUUGAAGAGCGACGCAUGAAUCGCAAGAAUGCAGCAGCUGUGGCCCGCGGAGAAGCCACAGCAGAUCCGUUUGCUCGCGUUAAGACUCGCGCAAAAACUUACCAUGAUGUUAAUUCAGGUGUAAACAGCACGCCCAACAAAGAAAAUACUGCUGAUGCCGGCAAGGGAACGCCCGCGCCAAAGUCCGAAUCUCCCUCCGCAUCUCAAAUCAGCAAUACGCCUACCAAGAUCCAGUCCAAGCCGAAAGGCAUUGCUGUCAUUCGCCAUCGAAAUAUGGACGAUGAUAACAUUGCCGCUCUGGACUUGGAUCUAGAUGGUGAUCUCGAUCUUGGCUUUUAA